AUUGUCAAGAUUCAGCAUUGUUUACUUCGGUUUGCAGUGCUAACAAUUUCUGCUUUAUUUAUAAAAUAAUUGAUUUAAUAGUUAUUCUAAGCCAACAUGUCUAUUAUUGCCGUAAAAUGUAUCCCACAGAAGUGGAGCCUAGGAUACGUCGUAAAGAUGUUUAGUAAGGUUAUUAACGGUCGUUUUGAGGCCCUCAACUUCCAGUCUAAGAGCAGGACACAGAAAUCGAAGACCUGCUAUCUGCGUCUAUCUGAUAAACUGGAUCCAGUGCAGGUUGUUGAGAACAUCAACACGGCGGUCUUUCCUUAUCAGUUCAAACCGAUGGCGCUCAUUCCGGACCAUGUACCUGAUAUCCCCCUGGCUGCCAAGCCUAAGAAGAUGCAACAAAAGUUACGCAAAUCACUUAAGCUGAAAGGAGACGAUACACCUGAGAAGGUAAUAACAAUAACAAAAUUUGAGAUUAUAGCCGAGAUGCAGGCAAAGUACCCGGGCUUGUAUGAUUUAAGUAGGAAGACCAACCAUACUUUACUGGAGGAUAUUGCUAAGAAAGUCCACGAGCGUAUCCAAGUAAUUGGUGAAAACAACCCGGAGACUUUGGAGUCAUGCUUCAAGCUGAGCCAGCACUACCGAAGAGCUCACCCUCACUUUGGAGACUUCCAACUGGUGCUCAGUACGUUACAUGCUCACGAGGAUAGAACAAACCAGCCACGGACACAGCUGCUUGAGGAAGAAUUGGCUGCCGUGAAACACAACAAGCAUACGAUCGACACCCUACCGCAUGAGCAGGUGCAGAAAGUUGUCUACAAAUACUCAGACAGGAUCAUCAAAAAGGUGACAGAACACGUGAAUAAUCUAAAGUCUGAGGUGAUGGAGGGCGACACUGAGGACGAGAUUGUGAGGAAGAAGGUCCGAGAGGAACUCAAAAAAAUGGCGCCUUUUCUACCGCUGAUCGUGAAGCAAGUGGUGACCAAACAUUUUGUGCCGCAAAGGACAGGAUAUCAAAGGAUGAGGAUAUACGGCGAACCAUUCCUCCCGUCUAAAGAGACGAUGGCGCCGUUCGUGCGUCGCUACCAGCCGGUGCGCGUGAACCGCUCCGAGCGCGUGUACAACCUGCUGCGCUUCUACGUGCCGCCCGCACACGUCGCCUCGCUGCUGGCUAUGGACGGCACUGUGCUCAAUGGAGCAAAACUAAUAAUUCGCACAUGCGACUUGCCUACAUACAAAGUAUCGGCCGCUUUAGCCGGCACCGACGGCGCGGGGCUUCACGAAGACAAUAUAGAGGAAGAAAACGAAGACUGGAGCGAUAUGAUGCAAGUUUAGAACCAUAGGAGUUGGGACAUUUGGGCCUGAGAGAACCGCUUUUGGAAAAGUAUUCGUGAAUUCGUACCGACACCGUCACUUAAAACAGCUCUGUAUUUUAACGUUCAAUUUUCAAAGUUGUUUUAAGAAAAACGGCCCUUUAUGUUGCCUGUAAUUUAGGCCAUAGUGAUUUUUUGCAAGUAUAACUUACAACAAUAUUGAUGUUGCAAUUGCAAAAAAAUAUUUAAGUUCUUUGCAUUUUUUUAUGUCGCCAGUUAGCGAUUAGCCUCAAAAUGUAUUUGAAAUACUUUUAUGUUAUAAGUUCGUAACCCGGUUCACCUCAGGCCCAUUAUUCAGAUCUUGAGAGGUGUAUAAAGAUGUGCCCUCUUAUUUUGACAUGUAAUAAAUACUAUGAAUCUGUAUGAGUGGGCUUUGUAUGGAUGAAAAAAGCAGAUUUAAGUUAAUAAAUAAGACCACAUCUUUACGAAUAAAUGUUUUUUAUUUCAGAUCUUUUAAAAAAGUAAACAAAAAAUAAUGUCAAAAUAAAUAAUUGUUUUGCAAAUAUAAAAAUGCAUUGUCAAUGCAACAACGUGCCAUUAAUUAUAAGAUACAUAUUAUAUAAUGUUUUUAUAUAAUUUUUCACAAAAAAAAGCUUUUUUGUAUAGAGCUAAUCGCACAGAACUAAACACGGACGUCUUGCCCAUAGAUGAUCCAUAGACAAAACGCUCUAGCACAUUGGAAUGGAUAAUCGGUGGAUUAAAAAAAUACUGUUUAAAUUAAACACUAUUUUGCGACAUAACAGCAAAUAACAGUGAUUGAAUACAAAAAUAUGUUUUUAGUUAUUUUAGUCAAUUACACAGAUACAAUACCCGUAUAGAGUGAAAAUUAAGUCAUUCGUAGUUAAUAACAUUACCUUAAUUUAUAAAAUAUACUUUGUGACUAAUGCCCGUUUUCACCAACAACCUCUUACCGUUUCCCUAUCUAAAUGCUACUUUUAGUAAGGAUCCCUCCCAAUUUGACACCUACCUAAAUUCAUUUUCACCACACUUGUACAUGGAUCCCUUAAGUAAGUGACAGAUUACUAGUUCUACAAACGAUAAUGCAAAGUCCAUAUUUUAUCGAUAAAAUGAUUUUUCUGUACUUCUUAAGAAAUAAACGUCUAUCGAGUAUAUUAUUACUAAAGCCUGUGAGUUUUUUUUCUUGUGAUGUUAUUUUAAUUUAACUUAAACUACAUUACGCUAUGUUUUAUGCAAUAAAACAGUAAAGAGGUUUUCUACAGGUGAAUUUUUACCUACCUAUGUCAUUCGCGCGUUUGUCAAAUUGACUGAUGUGUAUGUGUACAUAGAGUGAGGUUAAUUUUGGGUUUAUUAUUGUUGAAUAGAUUAAGUUUAUUUUGGCAGAGAAGAGAAAACGAGGAUAAACCUUUCUUGCAGAAGAAAAAGACAAGCUAGUGAAAUUGCUGACGUCUCAUAGAGACACAAUAUUAAACAAAAAACGGAUGGGACCACGAACGAAGCCAAAAACAAAGCUUGGAUCCAGUCACAAAUAGUUUUAAUGCGACAGGAACCCUUUACAGUUUCAGGUGGUGCGAGAAAUUUGAAAGACGUGUAAAAACAUGCUGCGCCCAGCCCACCUCAAAUUGAAUUGGUGCAGGAGGAUGAUGAUAAUGUUUGGUACAUCAUAUGAGGACUAAUAUUAAAAUAUUUGUUUAC